AUGCUGCUCCCAUCCGCCCUCCCAUGCGAUGUGCGCCGGUCGUCUCGCUUCACUCCCAGUCGCCCAUUCUCAACACCUCCCCCAUCCGACACAGGAUACCAAUCGGGCAACGGUCUCCUUGGCACCUGCCGCGCACUGCAAUCUCUACUCAACAGAUCGCCCACUCCGUCAUUGCGAUCAGCGAAGACCCAACGACUCCAGAGCCCCCUCCCCCUCAACACACCCCGUCGCUCGCCGCGAUCGCACAAGGCCGCGCGACCCGUCUCUCCUAGACAAACACCACCACCUAGACCCGUCGCUCUCACACCCCCGCCUCCUCCAUCUGCACCCGCGCGUGGCGCAAACAAGCGCCGCCGCGACAUUCUCGAUGACGAUGACAGCGACGUGGAGAUGAGUCGACGCAACCGCUUCGCGACUCCCAAACGCCGCCGUCACGUUCCCUACAAUAUGCCUCUUGGCCUUUCUUCCACAGACUUCUACUCCCUACACUCUCCUCCUGUCACCCAAUCCCCUCCCUCUCCUCCUCGUCGCCGGGUGGACUACGACAUCUCGGCUGACCCACGCAUCGACCCAGACGCGCCUCUGCCUUCCAUCGAGGUGACAGAGGAUUGUGCUCCUUCGGCUCCACAAGACUGGACCGCCGAAGAAGAUCAACACCUGAUCGAGCUGGUCCUCGAGAAAUUUCGUCUCUCCCAACAAGAAUGGGAUGAGUGCGCGCGCCAAAUAGGUCGCAGCCACGCUGGGCUCAGAUGGCAGUCCCUCGUUGGCGAGGGUCGUGUCGGGCUGCGCCCGCGUCAGCGUUGA